AUGAAGUGUGUGAAAGCUGACCCUCCGGAUGGGGGCUACGGCUGGGUUGUGGUCACCUCUGCUUUCCUGGUCAUGGGCCUCACUGCUGCCGUCCUUAAGACCUUUGGCCUUUUCUUCCUGGAAAUACAGAACCACUUUGGAGUCCUCACCAGCACCACCUCUUGGAUCACGUCCACCACAAUUGCCAUAUUUCACUUAGCAGCCCCGGUGGCGAGCGCCCUCAGUGUGCGGUUUUCUCACAGAGCGGUCAUCAUGAUUGGAGGUCUCCUGACUGCCUCGGGAAUGGUGCUGGCAUCUCUGGACCUCAGCCUGCCUUGGAUGUACCUCAGCAUAGGAAUUGUGCAAGGAACAGGCAUUGCCUUCUCAUGGAUCCCAGCCAACAGCAUGGUGAGCCACUACUUCCACCGCUGGCGUCCCAUUGCCUACGCCAUCACCAGCUCAGGCGAGUGCGUCUUUGCCAUUAUGUUCAGCCCAUUCUUCCAGUGGCUCAUCAACACCUACACCUGGCAGGGCGCCUUGCUUAUCAUCGGUGGCCUUCAGCUUAACCUGUGUGUCUGCGGAGCCCUCAUGAGACCCCUGAAGGCCCCUGUCCAAAUCCAGGUCCUGCAAACCAAAGACUAUCUGGAAGCCAGCCAAGCUAACCUGGCCGUACCAAAGAGGAGGGUUAUCUUCCAGUGGUCCCUGCUGGGAAGACCAGAGCUUUCCCUCUAUAUCGUGUACGCCGCCUUAGCGGCGGCAGGUUUUUUUAUUCCACCACUUUUCCUGGUGCCUUUCACCUACAGCCUGGGUAUGGAGCAGUUUUGGGCAGCCUCCGUUCUCUCGGUGCUGGCGUUGGCCGACCUGGCGGGGAGGCUGAUAUGUGGCAUAAUGGCCAACAUGAGACUGCUGAGGAACCUGCAGCUGCUAACCAUGGUGGUGACUUUGCUAGGGGUGGUGCUCCUGCUGUUGCCUGUUGGGCAAAGCUACUCGGCCCUGCUGGUCUUCUCCUUGCUCUACGGCUUCCUGUUCGGCUGUGUGGUCGCCAUCCACAUCACCUCCAUCGUGGACAUUGUUGGUCUGGAGGGGUUCGACAGUGGCCUCGGGCUCUUCAUGCUCUUCCGGAGCACUGGUGGGUUCAUCGGUCCACCCACUGCUGGAUGGUUGGUGGACCAGACAGAUAACUAUGGCUCUGCCUUCUAUCUGUCAGGCCUGUGCCUCCUCUCAUCAGGAGUAUUUGUCGUUCUGGUUGACCGCAUCAUCCAGAGGAAUAAAGAUGCCGGACAAAGGUACCCCCUCCAGGUUACCUCAGAUCCUGAAAUCCAGCCGAAUGGUGGCAAACAGGAUUUGGUCAACAACAAGGAAUGUCGACUAUAG